UAUGACCGGAUGUCAUUACAUUCCAGUUUACAAGCUUUAAAAAAUGGUAUCUUCAACUCAAGAGCCUUUUAACUCUUGUUUAUUUGGACUGUAGAUAUAAAACAGAUUUAUUUUAAGUGUGAUUUUGUAUUAACUGUUUUAAUACAAUAAGAUCUACAUUUUGGCAAAUUUGUUGGUAAUUUGAGACCAUGAUGAAACGUGUAAAUGGAAUGGAGACAAUACAUUUUGCAGAUGAAGAUGAUGAUUAUUCUGGAUUCAAUGAUUAUAAUCCUUUACUUGACACAGAGGACUUGAUGCAAGAUGAAAAUUUCCAAAAAGCUGUUCUCAGAACAAGUCAUGGCCGCCGCCCAACAACUCAGGCUAAAGUUGCACUUGGAGGCAUGCCCAAUGCUCAGGGCAGACUAGCUACAGCUGCCCGAGGCAGACUAGCAAUGCCAUCCUCUAUGGGUCGACCUGGGGCAAUGCAGGCAGGAGACGGACAGGCUCGACCAAUGACUGCAGUUAGAGCUGCUGGUUUUACUUCUGCUGGAAACAGAGGAGGAGUAGGAUUUGAUCCUUUAAACCAAGCAGGUAAAGGUCCAGCACCACCUCUUGAAGCCAAACCUGAAGAAAGCCCAGAAGAAAAAAUUCGUCAUUUAGAGAAGAAAGUGAAUGAGUUGAUUGAAGAAAGUUGUCUGGCCAACAGUAGAGGAGAACUGCAACUGGCCUUAGAUAAAGCUAAAGAAGCAGGAAGGAAGGAAAGAGUUUUAGUUCGACAGAGAGAACAGUUGGCUAAAGGGGAUCAGAUCAACUUGGAUCUGACAUAUUCUGUUCUGUUUAACUUAGCAAAUCAGUAUGUUGCCAAUGAGAUGUAUAUUGAGGCUAUUAACACUUAUCAAAUUAUUGUCAAGAAUCGCAUGUUCAGCAAUGCAGGUCGUCUCAAAGUCAACAUGGGAAACAUUUACUUUAAACAGAGAAACUUCCAGAAGGCGGUCAAGUUUUACCGUAUGGCUCUUGAUCAAGUACCAAACACACAUAAAGAAAUGAGAACAAAGAUUAUGCAGAAUAUAGGUAUCACUUUUGUGAAACUGGGUCAGUACAAUGAUGCCAUCACAUCCUUUGAACACAUCAUGUCAGAGUCCCCAAACUUCAAGACAGGAUUUAAUCUCAUUCUCUGCUAUUUUGCCCUUGGAGACAAAGAAAAAAUGAGAGAUGGCUUUGCGAAAUUGUUGACUGUGGACCUAAAGAUUGAUGAUGAGGACAAAUAUCUUCCACAUGGAGAUGAUAAACAAUACAACUUGGUGCUGGAAGUCAUUAAAAAUGACUCCCUGAGACAAAUAGAAAGAGAAAGAAAAUAUGAAGCUGAAAGGUGUAUAAAGUAUGCUGCCAAGAUUAUUUCCCCUGCAAUUGAACCCACUUUCUCAGAAGGCUAUGAUUGGUGCAUUGAGAUGGUCAAGAACUCACAGUACAUUGACCUUGCACAUGAUCUUGAGAUUGACAAAGCCAUUAUGUUUCUGAAACAAAAAGACUUUGCACAGGCCAUUGAGACAUUAAAAUCUUUUGAAAAAAAAGAUUCCAAAGUAGCAAGUACAGCUGCCACAAACUUAUCAUUUUUAUACUUUCUGGAAGCUGACUAUGCUCAGGCAGAUAAGUAUGCAGAGGUUGCCAUGGCAGCAGACAGGUACAAUCCAGCAGCACUAGUCAAUAAGGGGAAUGUACUCUAUGCAAGACAAGACUUUGAGAAGGCCAGAGAGUAUUUUAAAGAGGCUUUAAGUAAUGAUUCAUCUUGCAUUGAAGCCUUGUACAAUUUAGGUUUGUGCAACAAAAGACUGGCUCGACUAGAAGAAGGCAUUGAUUGCUUCUACAAACUACAUGCCAUUUUGAGAAACAGUCCUCAAGUUAUGUACCAGAUAGCUGAUAUAUAUGAGCAACUAGAAGACAGUGCCCAGGCAACAGAAUGGUUCAUGCAACUCAUUGGUGUUGUGAACUCUGACCCAAGUGUUCUAGCUCGCAUGGGAGAACUGUAUGAUAAUGAAGGAGAUAAAUCUCAAGCAUUCCAAUAUUAUUUUGAUUCCUACCGCCAUUUCCCUUCUAACAUUCCAAUCAUUGAAUGGCUUGGUGCUUACUACAUUGACUCCCAGUUCUGUGAGAAAGCCAUUCAUUAUUUUGAGAGAGCAUCUAUUGUACAACCUAACCAAGUAAAAUGGCAUCUAAUGAUUGCCAGUUGUUACAGACGCAGUGGCAAUUACCAGAAGGCUUUAGAAAUCUACAAACAGAUUCACAGGAAAUUUCCAGACAACGUUGAAUGUUUGAAGUUUUUAGUUCGUCUGUGCACUGAUCAAGGCUUGACUGAAGCUCAGGAGUAUGCUGCAAAACUGAAGAAAGCUGAAAGAAAUAAAGAGCUGCGUGAACAGAGAACCACAAGUGCUGGCAGACGUGGCAGUGGACGAGGAAGAAGAGAAAGUAGUGCUGGCAGUGACUUGGAUCGUGAAGGAAGUGCUGGGGCUGCUGGUAAAGGUUCAAAGAAACAAAGAGUACGACCUAGAUUGGAGGACGCUGAUCAAGGACCAUAUCAGUUGAGCCAGCCACAAGAGAUAGAUGCUUCUUAUUCUGAUCCUUUGGGACCUCAGGCAGAACGACCUAAAACUGCUGCUCGAAGGAAAGGUGCCUUAGAAGAUGAUUUUGGUGAUGAAGAAUUGGGAGAAGAUCUUUUACCAGAAUGAGCUGGCUUGAGAUUGUCACUGAAGUGGAGCAGUUAUCUGUGAUAUUUUAUUUCUUUUAUAUUCAUUCAAAUUAAUUUUGAUUUGCAUUAUAACAGAAAAAAAAUGAUAUGUUAAACUUAAUAAAUCUAAUGUCUUUUGUUGUUGUUUUUUUUAUGCAGUAGAUGUCCCCAUAUCUGUCUAUACAUUAUUAGCUAAUAAAUGAACACACUAAUCCAUAGGCUCCUCCUAGUAAGGGUGUGUAUUAUUUUAAAGACUUGUGUUCUUGCAAACCUUGCUGUGAAAUAAGCUUAAAAAAAUACCUGCAUUCAUCCUUUUGACAAGACAUAUUAAUUAUUAUAUAGUUUGUCCAUCAUGGUUCGAUGAUGACCACUUUUGUCAUCCAAGGGGCUGAGGGCUUUGUGCUUCCUCGUGGCUGGUGAAACCUAUGUGAGCCUGGAAUUUUUGGCUGCACACUGGGCAGGUUAUUCAGCUGGAGCUAUUGUCAUUGGCCUUGCUUUUUUUCUCCUGCUAACACAGACAUAAUGUGUAACUAAAUUAGGACUUUUUUGUUUUAUCCCCAUUGUGUUGCUUUUGCUGAGGUUUCUCUGCUGUACAUAAUGUACUACUCAGUCUAAUAGUACCAGUAUUCUAAAUUAUCUCAUUGUACAUGUGUGUUGUCCAUGUAGACACUUUUUAUUGCAUUUCCUUUAGAACUGUAUUUAAUGUGCUUCAAAUGCUUGUUCAGGAAUAAACUUGAUUCAUCCUAGA